ACGGGUUCUUUCUUCCCCGCCGUUCUCCGAUUCGCCAUUAACAUCCCCACCGCCACACUCUUUCUUUCUCCGAUUCGCCAUUAACCUCUCCCUCCCUCCCGGCGCGCGCACGCACGCAACCCUAAUCCUAAUGGCGGACGAACCACCCGCCGCCGCCGCCGUGCCGAAGCAGGACGAGGGGGACGCCGAGGUGCUGGCCCGCGCGGGGGCCGUGAUCUCGCGGGUCGUCGAGCGCGGCGAGGCCAACCCCAACCCGCGCCUGCUGCACACUCUCGCCACCAUCUGCGAGGACCAGGAAGCCAGGCAUUUUCAUGAAUGUGCAAGUAAUCCGACGUUCAACAACGCAAACUCAAUGAGUUCACAUGCAAUAGGCAAGCUGGCAAAUUUGCUCAGGGAGAAUGAUGAGUUCUAUGAACUAGUGUUUUGCAAGUUCUUGUCGGAUACAUCAUACUCUGUGGCAGUACGCUGUGCUGCUGCUAGGCUGCUCCUAAGCUGCCAUUCUGCAUGGACGUUUCCCCAUGCUUUUGAAGAUGCUAUUAUAGAAAAUAUAAAACGCUGGAUAAAGGAAGACGGCGAAGCAUCCAAUGAAUGUGAACUGAAGCAUUUAGGAAGCCAUAAGAAACCUACAGAUGUUGAGAUGCUGAGAACAUACGCUAUUGGGUUGCUUUAUAUGGCUCUGUGUAGCAAUGUGAACUUGGUAGAAGAUGUCUUGAACAUGGGAGUAUCAGCCAAGCUCAUGCGUUUCUUGCGAACACGAGUCCAUGGGGAUGGCACAUCUUCACAGAGAGAUGCAAGUCUUCCAGUAGAUACCAGGCACCCUCGGGUUAGAGAUGAGAGUAGAGGCAAAGUGCAGUUGGUUCAAGACAGUUCUGGAUUGGAUGGAACAAAGGCUGGAGAUGGAAUAUCGACUGACCCAACUUUGGAGAAAGGCUUUGAUCAUGGUGUUGGAAUGACGCAACCACAUGGAGAAUUGUCGAUGGAUGACACUAUCUACCUGCAACGUGAGAAUGGUGAUUCUUCAUUUGAUCCUGCUGAUAUGCCUCAGGCUGAUAGGAUGAUGUGCUCAGCCGGCUCAGAUACUAAGCCAGUCAAUGGGGAAAAGCACCCCACAUGCGAAAGCUUGAGAGAUGAACUUCUGAAGAGAAAGCUGGGUCGUACAGGAUCUCGACUAAGAGGAAAAAACAAAGCAGGUGAAAGCUUGCCUGAAAGUGAAUGUUCACCUUUAUCACCAACCUCACGAUUGAGAGUGGGAAGUCGGGCGAGCAGAGACAAGAAUGCGGCAAAGGUUGAGGACCCAAAGCAAGCAAUCGAUUUGAACAAUAGCUCUGCAGAUAUUGAGCCUUAUACUGCCAUUUCCAAAGAAGAGUUUGAAGACCGGUUCAGGGAUUGCAUUAUCGGUUUGAAGGAUAUAACUGACAUUGUUUUGAAGGCAGUGAGAGCUGCAGAAGCGGAAGCCAGGUCUGCAAAUGCACCUGAUGAAGCUGUGAAAGCAGCAGGUGAUGCUGCUGCUGAGCUUGUCAAAUCUGCUGCUUUAGAGGUUUGGAAAAGUGAAAAUAGUGGAGAUGCUGUUGUAUUAGCAGCUGAGAAAGCUGCAGCUGCUGUAAUCGAUGCUUCCAUGUCAACUAGCGUCUCACGAAGCUCUGAUCAAGUUAAUAAAGAGCAUGUUGUUGAGGAAGCUGCUAAAAUCAGCGAGGACCAGGAUUUGGAAGAUUUUGUUAUCGUUGACCAGGAGCAGCUCUUGCAACUUAAAGAAAAAUAUUGCAUUCUGUGCUUGCAGAUUUUGGGAGAGUAUGUUGAAGCUUUGGGUCCUGUGCUCCAUGAAAAGGGUAUUGAUGUUUGCCUCGCAUUAUUGCAACGGGGCAUCAAGGACAAUGAAAGACGUGGCCACUUUAUGCUACUUCAUGAAAUCGUUCGAUUAAUUUGUGCCCUGGCUGCCCACCGAAAAUUUGCUGCACUAUUUGUUGAUCGGGGUGGUAUUCAGAAGAUCCUGUCUGUCCCCAGAAUAACUCAGACAUAUACUUCUCUUUCUACAUGCUUAUUUACUUUUGGUUCUCUCCAGUCUACCAUGGAACGUGUCUGUGCACUCUCUUCUGACACGAUCAACAAUGUGGUUGAACUAGCGCUUCAACUUCUGGAAUGCCCACAAGAUCCAGCUAGAAAAAAUGCAGCCAUAUUCUUUGCUGCUGCGUUUGUAUUCAAAGCUGUUCUGGAUGCAUUUGAUGCACGUGAUGGGAUGCAAAAAGUUCUGAAUAUUUUACAUGUUGCUGCAUCUGUAAGGUCUGGUGGUAACUCUGGAGGAUUAGGAUCCUCAAAUUUAAAUCAAGGGAAUGAUCGAUCGCCUGCAGAGGUUCUAACUCAAUCAGAAAAGCAAGUUGCAUAUCAUUCAUGUGUUGCACUACGGCAAUAUUUUAGAGCUCAUCUCCUCCAGCUUGUCGAUUCCAUCCGGCCUAGCAAGAGUAUCCGCAGUAUUGCUCGGAAUACUUCCAGUGCAAGAGCUGGUUACAAACCUUUUGACAUUGGCAAUGAGGCUAUGGAUGCUAUUUUUCGUCAGAUCCAGCGCGACAGAAAGUUAGGACCUGCUCUUGUGAGAGCUCGUUGGCCUGUGGUGGAUAGAUUCUUAGCCUCUGGUGGCCACAUAACCAUGCUAGAGUUAUGCCAGGGUCUACCUGUUGAUCGGUAUCUUCGUGACUUGGCUCAAUAUGCAUGUGGAGUUCUUCAAAUCAUAACACUUAUGCCACAGAGCCGGAAAUUGAUAGUCCAAGCUACACUAAGUAACAGCCGUCUUGGUAUGACUGUUUUAUUAGAUAUAGCAAACAGUGUUGUUGGCUAUGUUGAUCCUGAGGUGUUAUGUCCAGCAUUGAAUGUGCUUGUCAAUCUUGUAUGCCCCCCUCCUUCUAUCAGCAACAAGCAGUACUCAGCUGCAAAUCAGCAACCUGCCGCUGCCCAAGCACUUGCAGGGAGUUAUUCAGAAAGCAGAGAUCGGAAUGCUGAAAAAAGUAACUCAGAUAGAAUUCUAGCAGCGAAUCAGAAUGAAUCUCGGGAGCGAUAUGGUGAAGGAACACCAGUUGUGCCAUCUGGAGUAGUUGGUGAUAAGAGAAUAUCUUUAGGCAUAGGAGCUGGGGGUCCUGGUCUUGCUGCUCAAUUGGAACAAGGGUAUCGCCAAGCUCGAGAAUUAGUCAGAGCCAAUAAUGGUAUAAAGAUUCUUUUACAGCUUCUUGGUACUCGGAUGGUUACACCUCCCAUGGCUAUUGAUCUUAUUCGAGCUCUUGCCUGUCGUGUACUGCUUGGCUUGGCUAGAGAUGAUACAAUUGCACAUAUGCUGACAAAGCUCCAGGUAGGGAAGAAAUUAUCGGAACUGAUUCGUGAUACCAGUGCCCAGACACCUGGUGGUGAGAAUGGAAGAUGGCUAACCGAGCUGACCCAAGUAGCAAUUGAACUUAUUGCGAUCCUGACAAAUUCUGGAAAAGAAACAACCUUGGCAGCAACAGAUGCUGCUGCUCCAGCACUGAGGCGCAUUGAGCGAGCUGGCAUAGCUGCUGCUACUCCUAUCUCAUACCAUUCCAGGGAAUUGAUGCAACUGAUACAUGAACAUCUCCUUGGAUCUGGUUUGGCUGCUACUGCUGCCAUGUUGCAGAAAGAGGCUGACAUUACACCUUUGCCAUCGACAGGUGCAGUGCUUCCUGGCCACCAGCACCAGGCCACUGCCCUUGAAGCCUCAUCUGUUGAACAACAGUGGCCUUCUGGUCGUGUUCAAGCAUGUCUGCAAGAUAAAACAAUGAUUGCUACCGAUCAAGCUGGCAAGGGAUCUGAUUCUGUCGUGCCGUCUUCUAAGAAGAAGGCACUGGUAUUCUCAUCCAGUUUCUCUAAACGAAGUCAACCUUUGCUUCCGUUUUCUGGUAAUAGAGCAAGCAAUAGCCUGCGAAGUCCUGUACCUGCUGGAAAUAUGGACAGUAUGACUUGCGCUGCUUCUGCUGCUGGAGAUGCAGAGACGUCACAUAUAAUACCAACGCCGUUCCCACUUAAGAGGAAGCUUGUGGAUACAGAGAUUAGUUCCGCAUCAGCAGCAAAGCGUCCUGCAAAAGUUGAUCAUGUAUGCCAAUCUCCUGUAUUCCAAACUCCUGCUCCUACUCGCAGAGGCCUGUCUGUAGCAAUUGAUUCUCCUACUGUCGCAUUUCAUUCAGGACGGACAAACUUCAACAACGUUUCGUCAGAGAACUUGGAAGAUUCUCAAGGCACACCUGGAGUGGUAACGGGCACACCUCAUCUCGGAGCAAAUGAUCAACAAUCUGGAAAUUCAGAGCGCAUGACACUUGACUCGUUAGUUGUACAGUACUUGAAACACCAGCACCGUCAAUGUCCUGCUCCAAUAACAACUUUGCCACCACUCUCUCUGCUGCACCCUCAUGUUUGCCCUGAGCCUAGCCGCAGCAUUAGUGCACCAGCAAAUGUGGCUGUUCGUAUGGGAAGCCGUGAGAUAUGUAGGCAGUUUAGUGGGAUCCAAGCACCUCGCAGGGAUCGUCAAUUUAUAUACAGCAGGUUCAAGCUGUGUCGUGUUUGCCGUGAUGAGUCGUCGCUGUUGACUUGCAUGACAUUUCUUGGAGAGGCAUCACGAGUGGCUGCUGGAAACCAUACUGGUGAAUUAAGAAUAUUUGACUGCAACACUGCAAAUCUCUUAGAGACACAAUCAUGCCAUCAACAUCUUGUUACAAUGGUCGAGUCAACAUCUUCUGGUGGAAAUGAGCUGAUUCUCUCAUCUAGCAUAAAUGAGGUUAAGCUCUGGGAUGCUUCCUCGUUAUCUACGGGGCCUUUGCAAACAUUUGAGAAUUGCAAAUCUGCUAGGUUUAACCAUGCUGGGACUUUGUUCGCCACCCUUUCUACUGAUGAAACUCAGCAGGCUGUUUUGUUGUAUGAUGUCCAGACACAUAAUAUUGAUAGACAGUUUCCUGACAACUCCAGCCUUUCAGAUUCAAACCGUGGUUACGUACAACCCAUUAUACAUUUCAGUCCUUCAGAUGAUAUGUUUCUGUGGAACGGGGUCCUGUGGGACAUACGAAGUCCGAACCCUGUCCAUCAGUUCGACCUUUUUACAGACUACUGUGGUGGCGGCUUCCAUCCUGCUGGAAAUGAGGUGAUCAUAAAUUCGGAGGUGUGGGAUUUGAGGAAAUUUAAGCUUCUGAAGAGUGUCCCUUCCCUGGACCAGACAGUAAUAAAGUUCAAUGGCAGGGGUGACGUUAUCUAUGCCACCCUCAGGCGUAAUCUUGAGGAUAUAACGUCAGCCAUUAAUACUCGUAGGGUCAGGCAUCCUCUGUUCCCUGCAUUCCGCACGAUUGAUGCUGUGACUUACACAGAUAUUGCAACCGUCCAAAUAGACCGGGGCGUCCUUGAUCUUGCUACCGAGCCCAAUGAUUCCCUUCUGGGUGUUGUCGCUAUGGAUGACCCUGGCGAGAUGUUCUCUUCUGCUCGCUUAUUUGAAGUUGGCAGGAAGCGACCAACUGAUGAUGAUUCAGAUCCGGAGGACGCAGGGGACACAGAGGACGACGACGAUGACGACGAUGACGACUCGGAUGUUGAUGUUCUCCUUGGGACCAAUUUAGCUCUCGGUGACUCGGAUUCUGAUGAUGAUCCAAGUAACAGCAGUGAUGAUGAUGGUGGUGACGACGAUGACGAUGAGGAGGGUAUUGACAGUGGUGAUGAGAAUGAUGAUGAUGCUGACUUUGAAGAAGAAGGCGAGUUUGAUGUGGGAGGGGGUUUGCUGGAGAUUAUGGGUGACCGUGAUGGCGAUGACAGUGAUAUGAUCGAGUCCUUUAGCAGCGGUGACGAAGAAGGUGGUGGUUGGAUGAUGUAAGAGUAUAGAGGGGCUGGAUUUUUCUGGAGACUGCGUUGCCGUGGUGGAUGCAAGAGCAAGGCUAGUUGCUGAAGGAAAAACUUAAAAGAGUUGUAGGCUCAACUUAAAGAGUUGUAAUUAUUGCCCGGUUGGAAGAACACGUUGGUGUAGUCGUUAGAGCGCAUCGCAAGUCUUGAGGCAUUUAGAUGUUGUAUGUAAAGCAGUUGAGAUUUUUUGCUGUUUAUCGAUCAAAUUUUGGGAAAUUCAUUUAUCAGAUCUCAGUUGUGUUGUGCUGUCUA